CAACAGUGGGCAAGCACCUGGAGACCUUAUGUCUACUUAGGUAUUCUUCGAUCACUGUCCCUGCCCAGCCUUGGGAGAAUGGUUUCUGCGAGGGCAUCCGAGUCAUGUACGGCAGCCUCGCGCAGUGAUAACAGCCGUUAGCGUUGUUUGGGUGACAAUAUCUGCCAAUGAGAGUCAAAGACUCGAACAAGGCUGAAAAUGACUUUCCGCUAGUGGCGCCAAGCUUGUUAUGGAGAUGCCAAGGCAUACGAGAAAAUCAAAGGACUCGGAGCUCCUUAGACCGGAGGAGCCUCUGCCUCAGCGCGAGUCGGUGAGUACAUCUUGAUUGCACACUGCAUGCGCAAUCAUGCCGCUGGCCAAUGGUACCGGCGAGGAGGUCCGGGUGAGCCUCCUUGGAAAAGAAAGCAUCAUCAUUAAUUUCGGCCUGUGGCGCAAUUAUGUCGCUGCAGAUUUACUCAGCAACCUUGAGUCAUCGACUUAUGUGUUAAUAACCGACACCAACAUUGGCUCGAUCUAUACAGCCUCUUUCCGCGAGGUAUUCGAGGCUGAAGCGAAGCAGAAGAGCAGUCGGCCACGGCUUCUGGUCUAUGAGAUUCCGCCCGGAGAGAGUUCCAAGUCUCGACAAACCAAAGAUGAUAUUGAAGACUGGCUUCUGAGUCAGAGCCCGCCAUGCGGUCGCGACACUGUGAUCAUUGCCCUCGGCGGCGGUGUGGUUGGAGACCUGACGGGGUUUGUUGCGGCGACGUACAUGCGUGGAGUCCGGUUUGUUCAGGUACCAACAACGCUGCUUGCUAUGGUCGACUCGUCCAUCGGAGGAAAGACAGCCAUCGACACACCACUCGGGAAGAACCUUGUCGGAGCCAUCUGGCAACCACAGAGGAUCUACAUUGAUCUCGACUUCCUCGGAACUCUACCACGAAGGGAAUUGAUCAAUGGCAUGGCCGAGGUGAUCAAGACUGCCGCUAUUUCUGACGAGCAGGAAUUUAUCGCGCUUGAGACUAACGCGCAGCGUAUCAUGGCUGCUGUUAACGCAGACAUCAAGCAAGGCGCCGCGAGGUUCAAGGACAUUGAAGACAUCCUGAUCAGGAUCAUCGCUGCCUCGGCGAGAUUCAAAGCACAUGUGGUGACCAUUGACGAGAGGGAAAGUGGUCUGCGCAAUCUGCUGAACUUUGGACAUUCCAUCGGACAUGCCAUAGAGGCCUUUUUGACUCCUCAGGUCCUUCAUGGCGAGUGUGUUGCCAUUGGUAUGAUUAAAGAGGCGGAACUUGCCCGGUUUCUAGGCGUCCUGAGUGGCGUGGCGGUCGGCCGCUUACAAAAGUGCCUGAAUGCGUAUGGUCUGCCAACACGACUGGACGAUGAACGUGUUCGCAAACUGUCUGGUGGUAAGAGGUGCACUGUGGACGGUAUGCUCAAGAAGAUGGGCGUGGACAAGAAGAACGAUGGUGCAAAGAAGAAAGUCGUCCUUCUGUCCUCGAUCGGCCGUACCUAUGAACAGAAAGCUAGCGUUGUAUCCGACUCUGAUCUUCGCGUUGUGCUGUCUCCGAGUAUCGAGGUGAUUCCCGGCGUACCUGACGAUUUGAAAGCCGUUUGUACACCUCCGGGAUCAAAGAGCAUAUCCAACAGAGCUCUUGUCCUAGCCGCUCUUGGUCAAGGCACAUGCCGCGUGAAGAACUUGCUCACAUCUGCGGAUACAGAAGUCAUGCUGGAGGCCCUUACCAAGCUAGGUGCGGCCACAUUCUCUUGGGAGGAAGAGGGCGAAGUUCUGGUGGUCAACGGUAAUGGCGGCAGACAACAAGCUAGCCCUACCGAACUCUACCUGGGCAAUGCUGGCACGGCGGCUAGAUUCCUGACCACGGUGGCAACUCUUACGAGCCAGAGUUCGGUCAAAUCGACGGUUCUCACGGGAAAUGCUCGCAUGAAACAGCGACCGAUUGGAGACCUCGUCGAUGCAUUGAAGACGAAUGGUGCCGAGAUCGAAUACCUGGAGAGCGCCGGGUGUCUUCCUCUCAAAAUCGCCGCUUCCGGCGGCUUUAAUGGCGGCGAAAUCAAACUUGCGGCAAAAGUCUCGUCACAAUACGUCUCUUCCUUGCUAAUGUGUGCACCGUAUGCGAAGAACCCUGUUACACUCAAGCUUGUUGGUGGGAAGCCCAUUUCCCAACCGUAUAUCGACAUGACUAUUGCUAUGAUGGCAUCCUUCGGCAUCAAAGUGGAGAAGUCGCGGACAGAAGAACAUACGUAUCACAUUCCGCAAGGCGCCUACUCGAACCCGGCGGAAUACGUGGUUGAAAGCGACGCCAGUUCGGCAACAUACCCACUGGCAAUUGCAGCCAUAACAGGAACAACAUGCACCAUCCCCAACAUUGGCUCAGCGUCGCUGCAAGGUGAUUCCCGUUUUGCCAUGGAGGUAUUGAGACCAAUGGGUUGCGAAGUCAAGCAGACGCAGACCUCCACUACAGUUACUGGUCCUCGCGACGGCAAGCUGAAACCCGUAGCAAAUAUCGACAUGGAGCCUAUGACGGAUGCUUUCCUAACGGCGUCUGUGCUUGCAGCGGUGGCUCAGGGAACAAGCCCGAAUACUACACGGAUAUACGGUAUCGCAAAUCAACGAGUCAAGGAAUGCAACCGCAUCCAAGCAAUGGAAGACGAGUUAGCCAAAUUUGGCGUCACUUGCCGGCAGUUUGAUGAUGGUAUUGAGGUCGACGGCAUCGAUCGAGCUCGGCUACAACAACCUGCAGAAGGAGUACACUGCUACGAUGACCACCGCGUCGCGAUGAGCUUCAGCGUGCUUGCGGUUGCGGCCCCCAAGCCCACUCUCAUUUUAGAGAAAGAAUGUACAGGAAAGACAUGGCCUGGUUGGUGGGACACGAUGGCGCGGGUAUUCGGCGUCAAGCUUGAAGGCGUGGAACUGGACACUGCCACUCCCACCCAUGCGAAGAAGCUGGACAGAAGCACGGCCUCGAUGUUCAUCAUUGGCAUGCGAGGUGCCGGAAAGACCACAUCAGGUAGAUGGGCGGCCCGAUCCCUCGGCAAAAAGCUGAUCGAUCUCGACACGGAACUCGAGCUUCGGGAAGGCAGUACCAUCCCCGAGAUAAUUCGAGAAAAGGGGUGGGAGUAUUUCCGGUCGCGCGAAUUAGAACUACUGAAAUCCGUCAUGAAAGACAUGUCAACCGGCUACGUCUUCGCCUGUGGUGGAGGAGUGGUCGAAAUGCCAGAAGCUCGUAACUUGUUGAUUGACUGGCACCAGACCAAAGGCAAUGUGCUACUGGUGCAACGGGACAUCAACGAAGUCAUGGACUACCUUCAAAUCGACAAGACACGACCAGCUUAUGUCGAGGACAUGAUGGGCGUCUGGCUUCGAAGGAAGCCCUGGUUCGAGGAAUGCAGCAACCUCGUACACUAUAGCCAGAGCAUUCCCAACGAGCGAUUAUCCGAGGCUGCCGAGGACUUUGACCGGUUUUUGCAGGUGGUCACCGGCAAAGUGGACGUGCUUUCGCAGUUCAAACAGAAACCACAAUCGUUCUUUGUGUCGUUGACAUUCGAAGACCUACGCCCACACCUGAAGAUCCUUCCGGAAGUCUGUCUUGGUUCCGACGCCGUGGAAUUGCGAGUGGAUCUGCUCAAGGACCCAGACUCGCAGAGUGCCAUCCCUUCCACAGAAUACGUGACAUCCCAGCUCUCUCUGCUGCGCGCAACGGUUCCUCUCCCGGUGGUUUUUACGGUCCGAACGAGCUCGCAGGGUGGUCGAUUUCCCGACACGGCUCAGGCCGAAUACCUGCAGUUAUGCACGCUUGCAAUCCGGAUGGGCUGCGAAUUUGUGGACCUGGAAGUGGCAACCUUUCCGGAAAUCGUGCUCAUCUCGAUCGCCGCUCUGAAGAGCAGCUCAAACAGCAAGAUCAUCGCAUCACAUCACGAUCCCCAGGGUCGUCUAUCGUGGUCCAAACCGGGCUCCUGGAUCCCGCUGUACAACCGAUGUCUGCAGUACGGCGACGUAGUGAAACUGAUUGGAGUGGCGCAAACGAUCGACGACAACUUCUCGCUCCGCCGCUUCAAGCAGUGGUCGGCGGAGCAGCACCCGGACCUGCCACUGAUUGCAAUCAACAUGGGCCGGGCGGGCCAAGCGUCGCGCGUGCUCAACGGCUUCAUGACGCCCGUCAGCCACCCGGCACUCCCGUUCAAAGCAGCGCCAGGACAGCUGUCGGCAAAAGAGAUCCGGCAAGGUCUGACGUUGCUCGGCGAGCUCGCGCCAAAACAGUUUUUGCUGUUUGGAUCGCCGAUCCAGGCGAGCAAAUCCCCGGUCAUGCACAACCGGCUGUUUGCCGAGACGGGUCUUCCGCACAUAUAUUCGCUUUGCGAGACGACGUCGGUGGACGAGGUCAAGGCCAGGAUCCGUGCCGAGGACUUUGGCGGCGCCAGCGUCACGAUCCCACUGAAGCUCGACGUGAUGCCUCUGCUGGACGAAGUGGACGAGACCGCCCGGCUCAUCGGCGCCGUCAACACAAUUGUCCCCGUCCAGGAUCUCCAAUCCCAGAAAACGAGGCUAGUCGGCUACAACACCGAUUACCUGGGCAUGAUGGACUGUCUGCGCGCCGCGGGCGCCUCUGCCGCUAUAGGGGAUGUCCCGCAAUCCGGUCUUGUCAUCGGCGGUGGUGGCACUGCCCGUGCGGCUAUCCAGACCUUGCACAGCAUGGGCUACAGUCCGAUCUAUCUGAUUGGUCGGAACCGGACGAAACUGGCCGAGUUGGCGGAUAGUUUUCCGGCUGCGUAUGAGUUGGUGGUUCUUGAUGCGGAGGUGGAGGGGGCCAAGACAGGGGAAAACAAGUCUCGAUUCAUCAACACCACAAACACACCACCGCCGACAGUUGCCAUCGCCACCAUCCCUGCAAACAUCCCGAUCGAUCCGACUCUGGGAUCUGCUUUGAGCAGGAUCUUUGCUCUGCCUCUGCCUGUCCGAGACGCCGGUGAAGGCCAAGGCCAGGGUCAGGGAUCGGCUACUACAACUAAGCCCAAACGGAUCUUGCUCGAACUCGCAUACAAACCGGCCCAUACGGCCGUGAUGCAGAUGGCCGAACAGACAGGCGGAUGGAAGACGAUUCAGGGGCUCGAGGUCCUUGUUGCGCAGGGUCUGUGGCAGUUCGAGUACUGGACAGGCAUUAAGGUUCGAGGACUUGGUGGGAGGAUUGCUAGGGACGUCGUUCUGGGUUCGUCGCCGGAGGAAUCUUGAUUUGACUUGACUUGAUCAGGUCUGGUCUGGUCCUUGUUCUUGUUCACUGCACGUCAAUUUAGAGGAAAUGCAUGAGCAUGUAUGAAGAAACAAGGAGGGACUACUAGAGAGAAAAAAUACGGUACUCUGUGUCGUUUACAUCCAACUGCCUGCGUGCAUGCAUACCAUAGACAUAGGCCAUUCCUACUAGUGUUGUACAGCUCAGCUUGUUGCAAUUUACUGGCCUUUAAAAAGCAUUGGGGGGACAAAAGUAAGUUAGAGGAAUAGGCGCGAGAAAGGAAGAAAAAAGACCGGAUUUUACAACAAUUCUUUGUCCCCCAUACCGGAGUGGUCCAAUGUCUAGUUACUCAUUUCAAAGCAAGUCGCAGUCGCAGUCGCAGAAGUAGUUAUCAUAGAGACUCAUUCCACUGUUGGACUCCAAAUAGCACUCUUUAUUCGUUCGCCCGAAAUCAUCCUUCAGUUAGACAUAGUACAAGCCGCUUUUCCAAGCCACACCACAUCUUACUGGCACAGUACCACUGACCACCCAGUAACUCGAACUUCAACUCACAGCAGCAAGCUGAGCCGCCGCCAGAGCCGGAUUACUCGCCCACGGCCCAGAUGUGAAAUUAGACGACGACGCCGGAGCUGCCACGUUGGGUUGCUGCUGCUGUCCUCCGCCCCAGCGUUGCUGAUAUGUUUGCUGUUGCUGUUGUUGGAAGUUCGGACCAAACGAGGCCGGAAAGCCCUGCUGCUGUGGUUGCUGUUGCUGUUGCGGCUGCGGUUGCGGUUGCUGCAUAAAGGGAAAAUUCGCACCAUUGGCACCAUUGUUGAACCCGUUAAAGUUGAAAGAACCCGGUGUGUUGUUGAACUGCAUGCCUUGUGGAAAUGCGGGCAUUGCAGGGAGAUUAAAGUUCGGCAUCGACAUCAUCUGUUGCAUCUGGUGCGGCGUGAAGCUGGCUUGGAAGCUGUUGUUGUUGCUGGGCUGCUGAUUCCACGAGCCAGCUGCUGCUUGAGAAGACUGGCCGAAACCAGCGCUGCCGCCGCCGCCGCCGUGUUGUUGUUGAUGAUGAUGGUGACCACCACGAGAAUUGCCUCCUCGGCCACCGCCGCGGCCACGACCACCUCUUCCUCGGCUGAAAUCGCCUCUGCUGGGCUUUGGUGGUAAUGAAUGACUUGGCCUGGCCCCUACUUCCUGAGGCGAAGUCAUCAUCAUUUCGGCCAUGUUGGCUGGUCGUUGUAGAGGAGUAUAUCCCUCAUCGCCGACACCACCACUACCAUCUACCACAUCAUCGUAAUUCAUUUCGGUGGAUCCUCCAUAGCUUUGGUUUGCUCCUCCACGGCCGCCGCCGCGAUGUGAACCUCUAGGAUGUCUUGAAGAGGGGCCGCCGCCGCCUCGUCCUCGGCCUGUUUCUAUCGACCGCCCUUGUCUCCGCGCCUUCAUCUGGCGCUUAUGUUCGGCCUCAGCUUCAUCGUCCGAAAACUCCAUUUCAUCCUCUGCCACUUCCUCAUCAUGGAAAUUUGACGCGUCGCUUCCCUUGACGGCUUUCAAUGGUUGCGUGAAGACGAACGUGGAGUGAUGCGGGACGUAAAACACAGUGGUCCCAACCUCAGCCAGGCCGGCCUGUUUGAUGUCUUCGUCGUUGGUGAAGCGAAUGGUAUAUCUGGGUUCCUCGACUCGUCCUAUCAAGUCGGCAACCACUCCCACCACCGAUCUGUCGGGCAGACAGAUCAAAGAUCCAGUCUCAAGGACCUGGUACUCGCCAGAGGUCUUGGCCUUGAUCACCACGGUGUUCUCCACCACGACCUCGACAUUUCCCAGUUCUUCAAUCUUCAUAUCCUCGGUAACUACAAUGUCCGGUUUGGGGAUCACCUCUUCCGGUCGUUCAUGGGCAGUCCGGAGAGGUGCACCAUCUGCUUUGUCCCCUCUAUUUCGUCCGCCUCCUUCGUCAUCGGAGCCUCCGUCGCCUUGCAUGAGUAUCCGCGCCGCUUCUUCGGGGUCGAGCAUGGCGUAGUCGCCGUCGUCGUCAUCCUCGUCUUCGUCACUAUCUUCUUCCGACGAGGUUGUGUCAUCGGAAUCCGAAGAGGACUCGUAUGGCGACGAGUCGAUCUCCCACUCUGCCCCUUCUGCUCCAGGUUCGGGUGCCAGUGUCUCGGUUGGAGGUAUCGCAUCCACCAUGGUAGCGGUGGUGGUGGCAGUGGCACUAGCGACGGCCGGCGUCUCGGAGUCAUUCCCUACGGUUGGGAUUGUAGUAUUUGUAUCG